AUGGCCGGCCGCUUCCCCGUUCUUUCAACCUCCAACCUCCCUCUAGCCUCUUCCACAGAGCAAUCCGCCACGGCGUCUCCAGCCCGCGGUAGCGCCAUGCUCAACUCCAUCUUCAAAUCCGUGCGAGUUCCCGAAUUCCGCUUCAAAUGGCAAUUCUGGGCAGAAAAAGGCCAGCAAUCUGUGCCAUCAUCCAAUGACAAAUCUUCCACCUCGGAGGAUUUUGCUUCCCGCCCAAAACCGCUCGGAGAGCAAAUCAUCACUAUCAAGGAGUUCUACCAGCACUUUAACAAUAUUCCCACGGAGUCGUUGAAGCUGCGAGACUCGAUACAUCUGUUCCAUGUGGGAAUCAAGCCGCUAUGGGAAGACCCGAGGAACACACGCGGAGGGGCGUACUACUUCCGUAUCCCCAAAGACAUUGCGGAGCAAUUCUGGCAUGAGAUGUGCUUGCUUGCGGUGGGUGAUGUGCUCCAGGGAGCCGUGGAGACAAAGCGGGAGUCAUUCAAUGACGAUAUUUGCGGAAUCUCUUAUUCUGUUCGCUGGAACGCUGUGCAGAUCGCAGUGUGGAAUCGUGAUGCCGACAACGAGGCUGGGAAGGAGAAGCUGCUCGCUGUGAUCUUGGAUAAGCUGUCUGAGGAGCUGAGACCGAAGAAAGAGAGCUACUGGUACAAGGCUCACAAGGAGCACAAGGGCUUCAUCGCGCCUGGUGCAGCUUAA